AUGGUACCUGGAGCAAUAUCAUAUCGCUCGCCGAAGCGCAAACGAGAUAUUGUAGAAGAAGCUGAAGACAACACUCCGCCAGCGUCUCCUACCUCUACUCUCUCUGUGGCCAGUUAUCCAGAAUUGAGGCUAUCUGAAGGAGAGGAACUGGGGCGUUGUAGUCCACGUACAGCCGUUGCCGGUCGCUUCAAGGAACUCGCUAUAAACGAGGGCGUACCACAUACCAUACCCAUUGCGCAGUGGCAUGGCUCAGGCUCUACAGCAGAGAAUCCUGAAACAUUUGGGCAGGCUGAAAGCCUACAAUUGUCACCCAAAAAGAGCCUAAACAAGACGAACCAGUCAGAGAUCUCAAAGAAUGAAGUGGAUGUUGCCCAAGACCAAUUGCAACCCACGACACAAUCCAUAAACGGGCCGUCUCGCAAUAAAGUGAAGACCGCAUCACCCACAAAAUCACGAAGGAGACAAUCACCUCCGCCAGACGACAGUGCUAUCUUGACUUCAUUGACUUGGGAUGAUUCAGAAAUAACUGGUCAUGACCCAACGGACCCGAAUGAUGACGGUUAUGGAAUCAAUGGGAUUGGGUUCAGACCUACUGCUGCAAUUGCCUGGGCCCGUUCACAGCAGAGACAGAAGCAAGUUGCCGAAUGGAAGAACCGAGAAGCUAGAGAAGCACGAGAAAGGCGCAGAGAGCGUCGAGAGGGGUCCUCUGCGGUCAAACCAGAACAUGACCCUGGCGGUGCAGUCCAGAAAAAAGUGAAAUUCGACCUGGGCUGA